AAGGAGAUCUGGGAGAUGAUCUGGGAGAGAGCAAGAGGAUGAAGAUAUGUAGCCUAUAAAGACGCACGUCCGUAUUGUCAUGCCUUCGUCCGUCCUCGUCCAAUUGUUCUGCCCGCGGGCCCUCCCUCCAUCACCCGGCUGCCUCUUUUGUCUCCUCUCCGCCUCGCCCCGCGGAUAAUACUCGACUCCUCUUCGCGCUCACGAGAACCCAUCAUGCCUGCGUAUCGCACUCGCGAACACGCCUCCAGGAUCUCGACGGACCCACUCCCUCCUCCCACUGUCGCCAUCAUUUCCCCGACGCCCCGCGCAUUCACCUUCCCUAUCAACACCGACGCUCCCUAUGCCUCUCCCUCCGCAUCGCCCUUCGAGCCAGACCUCAAGGCAUCUCGCACGCCACCCCUGCCACGCGCCUUCUCGCCCACGUCGUCCAUAGGCUCCGAUGCCUCGUCCGCCCUCUCCACUCCUUCCUCCGCCCGCUCCUCGCAGGUUUCGCAAAAGCGUCGUAGAUCGGCUGCUAGCGAUAUCGGGGAGCGACGUCCCAAGAAAGGCGACGACGACUACAUCAAGCGGCCAGAGAACGCGUUCAUCCUCUUCCGCCGCAAGUGCUGCGAGGACCGCCAGGCGCAGGACGAGGCCGACGAGCAGUCCGGCCCCGUCAAGAAGCAGCGCCAGGCGGACCUGUCCAAGACCAUCAGCCAGCAGUGGAAGAGCCUGUCCACGGAGGAGCGUCAGUACUGGGAGGAGCUCGCGAAGGAGAAGAAGAAGGAACACGAGGCGAUGUACCCCAAUUACGUGUACCGCCCCCAGCGCAGCAAGGACAAGGCAAAGGCGAAGAAGGGCAAGGGGAAGAAAGCAGACGAGGAGCAGGAGGAGGCGGACAACAGCAUAUCGUUCGUACUCCCAGUUCCCUCUCCUCCUCGCAGCCUCAGCCGCGAUAGCGCGCCUGUCUCGCGUUCGCACAAUCGCCGCGCGGUGUCUGCUCCCACACCGCCCCCGAUCCAUCAGACCAUCCAGCUGCCGAGCGUGUUCAUGCCCUCAUGUCCCACGUCGCCUUCGCGCGCGUCUUACCUCUUGCCGAGAAUCAGCGGGCGCUCACCGAACCCGCACAUCCCUCCUCCAUCCGACAACGAUCCUCUAACCCGUUACGAAUACUUACCGAACGACUCCCUCUUCCCGUCAAACUACCAACCGAGCACUGCUUUCGCGCAUGGUCCUUCCGUCGAUGAGCUGUACCAGAUGUUCCAGGCUGAGCAGCCGCCAGUACCAUCAGCGCCACAACAGACCAACGGGGUCCUGCUGCACAGUCUCACCAUCCCCGGAGCGCCGUCACUGAUGUCGUCAAGCGUCGUGUCGCCAACAGAUACCAUCGCCUCAAGUCAAUACUUCCCGUCCGUGGACUCGUUCGCGUCGCCCAUCUCGCCCACCUCGCCUCAAAAUGGUCCGUUCACGCCCGCCGACACGCUCUCGAUGAUGUCGCUCUCGCUUGCCAAUGGUCAGCAGAAUGGGAUGAUGCAAGAUGCGUUGGCAGAGCUGCACGCGAAGGACCUCUCGUACUCGGCCUUUACGUGGCCCGAGGGGUCGCUCUGGCCCGCGGACACGAUGAUUCCGGACGACUUUGACCUGAACUCGAUCCCGCCGAUCGAGUUGGGGAUCUCGCAGUUUGACGGCGAGAUGCAGCAGUUGUGCGGGCUCUCCGGGGACGGCGGCGCCUCCGCGGCGGCGUUCGACUUUGACGGCGGCGACUUUUCGUCGUUGGGGCAGGAGUACGACUUUCACGACGCGCACCCCGGACAUGACCCAGCGGCGAUGUUCACGGGGUAUGACCCCCAGACGAACUGGUGAUGACGCGGUCAACGUGCGCGGGCGUGCGUUGACGGCCAUUGACACUGUAGCAAAAAAAGCCAU